AUGAAAAUCAUAUCUAAGAGAAGAAUUAGAUUCAUAAUCUACAUUGUGUUUGCUGUGACCUUGGUGACCUUAUUGGUUAGGGGCAUUGUCCAGUUCCAAUUAAAUGGUGAAAUUAAAUAUUACAAGCAUUUCUUUAAGCAGAAAAGAGACACAUUACAAGAUAUCUAUAAUCCAUUGGAUAUCAAACAAAUACCGCAAGAAGCCAUCGAUGAAUUGUAUGCUACUACAUUAGAGAAAACUGAAAAGACAGGUCAGACCAUUGAUUGGUCUAAGUUUGCAUAUGUUAAUUAUGUGACAGAUGCUGCUUAUUUGUGCAACACUCUUAUUUUAUUUGAAAAAUUGAAGACAGAAUAUGGCACGAAGGCUCAGUUGUUGUUAUUAAUAUCGAAGGAUUUAGUUGAUCCAGAACAAUCAAGUAAUAUUGAUUUGAUAACGAUGCUGUUAGAUAAGAUACGCAGCAUUGAUAAUGAGCAAAUUGUCAUUAAACCUAUCGAUAACAUUGUGAAACCACAAGAUUAUACUCCAUGGAAUGAAAGUUUGACGAAAUUACUAGUAUUUAAUCAAACCGAAUAUGAACGUAUCAUUUAUUUAGAUAACGAUGCAGUUUUAAGAGAUAACCUUGAUGAAUUAUUUUUCAUUCCAAAUUACAUUAAAUUUGCUGCUCCCGUCACGUAUUGGUUCUUAUCUGAGAAGGAUAUGGAAAAGGCAUAUCAUUCGUUAAAGCACGAUGAGAAGGUGUCAACAAACUUGAAUACAUACACCAAAAAGCUUCUACCAAGAAUUAAGAAAAAUAAGAUGAUAUACAAUCAUUUACCCAUGUUGCCUCCAUCCUUGUAUUUAAAUUCUGAAAAUGUUGCACAAGAAAUAAUUGGCUCCACAUCAUCAGCUUCACCACUAUUUGAUUUCCAUACGGGGAAGAAAUCAGGUAAAGUUAAAUUUGCCUCAAAUUUGAUGGUUAUUAAACCUUCCCAAGUAACAUUUCAGAAUAUAUUAGAUUAUGCAUUACCUAAGGUUGUUGAUAAAAAAGAAAAGUACGAUAUGGAUUUGAUCAAUGAAGAAUUGUAUUCUUUGAAAAGAAUUAUCUAUAAUCAAUUUCAAUUGUUCAGGAAAAUGAAAAAUGCCUUCAAACCUGAAGUUUUGAUUCUUCCCUUUGGUAGGUAUGGUCUUUUAACGGGGUCCUUAAGAAAUAAAAACCACUAUUCGAUGAUGGCCAAUGAUGUCCUGGGUUAUAAACGAUUAACAGAAGAUGGGAAGGAAAUUCCAGUACUAAUCGAUGAAACAGUAUCUCAAUGCAAAUAUAUUCAUUUUUCAGACUACCCACUGGGUAAGCCAUGGAAUUAUGCAUCCUUUAAAGAAUUUGAAUGUACAGUUGAUGAAAAGAAUGCAAAGGAUCUAGAAACAGAGCGUAGAGCAUGCGAGGUUUGGAAUGGCAUCUAUGAAACAUAUCUAGAAACUAGAAAAAUAUGUGCCAUAUAA